AUGUCAUGCUACCUCACCCCGUCGCCGCCAAUAGCACCGCUACUAUCAACACCACCACCACCACCUAACCACCACCAAAAUCUCAGCUACCAAGUCCAAAACCAACUCCACCUUCACCACCACAAAUGUACUCACCGUUACCACCACCCUAAAUUGGUUGAUCAUAGGAAGGCGCACUGUAGGGAUAACCCGGCGAUGAAGCAAAAUAAGCCAACGACAAUGGAGCUCAGUAUGGGUUGCCGUAUGGUGGUGGUGUUGCAAGGUAGUCUCUACUACCCGGUGGAGGGACUCCGUACGAUGCAUAAAAGGGAUUUGGAGCACGGACACGUGUUAUCCUCCUCAUCGACUUUGGUAGAGCACUUGGCUUUUGGAUCAAACCAAACAACAACAUAUGUCCUUAGCUUGCCGUGGUGCCAGUUGAUGUUCUUCAAGUCCUUGGCAGAAGAUAUUGUGACCUCUGCUUCGUAUCUUGACAACUCAACGCCGGAAUAUAUAGAAGGGGUCGGUUGGGUGAAGAGGGUGAUAUAG